AUGACUUCGAAAGAGGAAAGCAAGGCGUCCUCGGGCGAGGAGCGGCGGCGGAGCCCCCUGGACCACCUGCCGCCCCCGGCCAACUCCAACAAGCCUCUGACCCCCUUCAGCAUCGAGGACAUUCUCAACAAGCCGUCGGUGCGGAGGAGUUACACGCUCUGCGGGGCGGCGCACCUCCUCUCCGCCGCCGACAAGCAUUCCCCGGCCGGCCUGCCCCUCGCCAGCCGGGCGCUGCUGUCGCAGACCUCGCCUCUUUGCGCUCUGGAGGAGCUGGCCAGCAAGACGUUCAAGGGCCUGGAGGUCAGCGUGCUGCAGGCGGCCGAAGGCCGAGAUGGGAUGACCAUCUUCGGGCAGCGCCAGACGCCCAAGAAACGGCGGAAGUCGCGCACGGCCUUCACCAACCACCAGAUCUACGAGCUGGAGAAGCGCUUCCUCUACCAGAAAUACCUGUCCCCCGCCGACCGCGACCAGAUCGCGCAACAGCUCGGGCUCACCAACGCGCAGGUCAUCACCUGGUUCCAGAACCGGCGCGCCAAGCUCAAGCGCGACCUGGAGGAGAUGAAGGCCGACGUGGAGUCCGCCAAGAAACUGGGCCCCAGCCCCCAGGUGGACAUCGUGGCACUGGCCGAGCUGGAGCAGAACUCGGAACCGGGCAGCGGCGGUGGCCGGGCCAAGUCUCGGCCCAGCUCGCCCGCGCUACCGCCCGGCGCGCCCCCGGGCCCCGGGCACCUCCAGCUCUCGCCCGCCUCCCCCCUCACGGACCAGCCGGGCAGUAGCCAGGACUGCUCGGAGGACGAGGAAGACGUGGAGAUCGAUGUGGACGACUGA